GAAAUGCAACUUAAACUGGAAGAACCGGUUAGCAGCUCUGGCACUAUGAUAUAAACUGAGGGCUGGAGAUCAUCUGCAGACACUUCAGCUACAAGCGUAUCAGGAGACCUGAGGUGUUAUAGGCGCUCAGUGCAAAGCAGCUUCGGACACCAACCUAUAGGAAAGCAUGGCUGCACCUGCUGAAGUAAGAAUUGUGCUGUUGGGGAAAACAGGAUCUGGGAAGAGCAGCGCAGGAAAUGUUAUCCUGGGGGAAGAGAAGUUUGCAGUUUCCUCUGAUCCUAACAGUGUAGCAAUAGAUUGUCAAACAGAAAAAGGAAACAGAGAUGGCUGGAAAUUUACAGUAACUGACACACCACUGAUCUUUGACCCAGAGAGACCUGAGAAAGAUCUGAAGUAUUCCAUAAUAUCCUGUCUCACUGAGUGUGCUCCUGGUCCACACGUCUUCAUCUUAGUGCUGAGAGUGGGAAGAUACACCAAAGAGGAGAAAGAGUCUGUGAGGAAGAUACUGAAGUGGUUUGGGGAGGCAGCCCUGAAGCAUACAGUCGUCCUCUUCACACAUGGUGACAAGCUUCAGAAAAACCAGACCAUUAAAGAGUAUGUAGAGAAGUACAAAGAUCUGAAGGAUGUUGCUCAUAAGUGUGGAGGCCGAGUCCAUGUCAUUGACUCUCAGCAGUGGAACAAAAAAGAUGAUAAAAAUGCUCAAUUUGCAGACCUUCUGGAACAAGUAAAGAAAAUGAUGAUAGAUAAGAGAGAAGCUGGGGAAUCACAGGCUGUUCAGACACUGGAAGAACUGAGCAACAGGCUCUUAGAACCAAGAUCAUCAACAUUUGAUCAUGAACCAGGUCAAGGGUCCGAAAGCUUUACAAGCUCUGAUAGAAACCUGGAUGAAUCAGAGUACAGAAGCAACAGUUUUCAGAUUAAACAGCUGCUGACAACUGUAGAGAAGAUGGUGAGAGACAACAGAGGCAGUCAUUACAUAAAUAAAUCACUGAAGGUAAUAGCAGACGCUAUAGAAUUGGAGGUGAAAAAGAUAAAAGAAGAGAUGAAGGAGAGUGGAGAGAAAGCAGAGGAGUCUGAGAUCAGGAGACGUGCAAGAGAGAGAGUGAGGACCAAGAUUCCGAGAUUAGAGGCAGGAGUUACUACCGGUGCUUUACUGGGGGCUCUGCUGCGUGUGGCUGCAGGAUUAUCACUGCCAGGUAUAUUGGCAGCUGGACUCCUGGUGGGAGCAGCAACCAGAGGUUAUGGAAAAUGUGUAGCUGAGUCAGCAGAUGCCGCAUGUAGAAGGGCUAUGGUAGAUGGGGUAUUAGGGGCAGGAGUAGUGGGAGCGGCGGCAGCAGCGGCAGAAGCUGGUGCAGUUGGGGCAUUAGGGGCAGGAGCAGUGGGAGCGGCAGAAAUUGGGGUAUUAGGAGCAACAGUAGCAGCAGCGGCAGAAGCUGGUGCAGUUGGGGCAUUAGGGGCAGGAGCAGUGGGAGCGGCAGAAAUUGGGGUAUUAGGAGCAACAGCAGCAGCAGCGGCAGAAGCUGGUGCAGUUGGGGCAUUAGGGGCAGGAGCAGUGGGAGCGGCAGAAAUUGGGGUAUUAGGAGCAACAGCAGCAGCAGCGGCAGAAGCUGGUGCAGUUGGGGCAUUAGGGGCAGGAGCAGUGGGAGCGGCAGAAAUUGGGGUAUUAGGAGCAACAGCAGCAGCAGAAUCUGGUGCAGUUGGGGCAUUAGGGGAAGGAGCAGUGGGAGCGGCAGAAAUUGGGGUAUUAGGAGCAACAGCAGCAGCAGCGGCAGAAGCUGGUGCAGUUGGGGCAUUAGGGACAGGAGCAACUGCGGCAGAAGUUGGUGCAGUUGGGGCAUUAGGUGCAGGAGCAGCAGCAGGAAUAGGAGUGGGUGUAGCUGUGGGGGUUUUGGCCACAGCAGGAGCCAUAGGAGGGGGGGUUGAAGGAGCCAAAGCUGCAGCCAGAGCAGACAAACCAAAAGAGGCUGCAGGGAAUGCAGCUGAAGAUGUGAAGAAGAAAGCAGGAAAUAUGGUGAAGGAAACUUGGGAAUUAGGGCAGAUAGUGACAAAAGCAAAGGAAACACCUUAUAAAAAACUGUAGUAGAUGAAAUGCAAGUAAAUGCUGCCUGUGGAUUGGGGGGGUUAAUGAAGAAGCUCCCAUGUUAUUAUGAGCCAUCAGUUUGCUCUGCUGGGGUUAAAAAGGGCAGUUCACCCCAAAAGCAGAAAUGUUUUAGAGGGGCUUUAGUGCUAUCUAUCCACCUAGGGUCUGCUGGGAGCGGCCUGGUUUUACUGGACGUAAAAAUCAUGACCCGUUACUGAAGAUCAUCCACAGACUUUUUAGUGAGCAGUUUAAUCUACAAACUGUUUUCUUCUACUUGUAUCACAUUGCAGAAAUAUCACUAGGGGGCUCGUUCAUGUAUCACCAGGCUGCUCAUUCAUGUAUCACCGGGAGGCUCGUUCUUGUAUCACCAGGCUGCUCGUUCUUGUAUCACUGGGGGGCUCAUUCAUGUAUCACCGGGGGGCUCAUUCAUGUAUCACUGGGGGGCUCGUUCUUGUUUCUCUGCAAUGACAUUUCCUUAGCUGUGAUAUCAAAACAUUUUAAAUGAUUUUAUUCACUUAAUUUCAGGCAUAAGUAUAUUAUGCCUUAUUACUGAUUUAAAAAACUAUAAAAUAUUGGAUCUUUGACAUGA